GCCCCCCAGAAGCAGGCCCGCUCUGUGUCCGAGUGUUGCUCUCCCGUCUGACCCGGUGUGGUGCAUCCUUCGCGAGUGCAUCGUCCGGUGGUGAGUGCAUUCCCGAGUGGCCACCGCAGACGCGUGCUCUCCGGAGCGAAAGGGCCACUCGACUUCAGGCAGGCCGAACAGAAUUGAGCAACAUUAGCCCGGGGGAGUCGACUUAAUGAAGCGCACAUCUCGACCAGCUUGCUCCCGAAGUGACGAACCAAGGAACCGUUUUUCUUCAACCUUUCCCGCCCGAGUCCUGCGAGAAGCUCGGCAGCACUAGAACUAUUGAAAGGGGCCUCUCCUACUUGAAUGUCCUGUCGGUGUUUGUGUGUGUGGUGAUUUAGUGAAAAUGGUGCAAACGGUGGUGUUUUAGGUGCCCUAUAGCAGCUCAGCGCAUGUUGACCGGCUAACCCGCGAUGUGAAAACCGAACUGUGCCCCGUCAAGAUGUGUCUCAUGUGGGAAGGAAUUGCAGUACGGAAAAGACCAUCGUCCAUUUUCUUAGAGCUGAGUGCGUAGAGGGCUAGUGUGGUGCGGUACCGAAGGUGAGCGCAGAUAAACCGCCGCGACCGGCCGUAACAUAGGACAUUGGACACUGGACACUGACAGGAGUCGCAAGUUCUGUUUUGUGCUGACCCCGCGGGAGUCCCAGAGGCCGGCGGGUGAUUGUGCGAGUGAUGCGAGUGGGUCGUGUGUGAAGUUUGCCAUUGCCAAGUCGCACCGGUCGCCACUGGACUCGUUCGCCAUGCUCCGCCGGGGCCAGGAAUGUACGUAAUAUUUCCGGCGGACGAACUAAUAUUGUUGACAUACGGAAUCGCCGUACCGAGAGUACCGCCAAGACCAACUCUGGACAACCUGCGGGAGCCACUUGUGCCCACAGGCAGUAGGCCUACAUCCACCACCACCACCACCACCACCAUCACCUCCUCCACCACCACACCCUCGAAACACACAUCCACACCGAAACCCACGCCACCGUCCAAGUCGCCGGUCACGAAAAAAGGCAGCGGCCACGAGGCAGCGGCGGUCCCGAGGCCAGGAUCUUCGCAACCGCAACCACCGCCAUCCCAUGCACCACUUGCAGCGUCCGUGGCACGAGAGCGCAUCGCGAACGCCCUGCUCGACCAGCAGGACUCGUACGAAUCGGGCGACUUUGACGCAGGCGGCCCUCUAGCGGACACGAGCGAGCUGGCAACCUACAGUCAUGACGAUUCCGGUGGCCCUCGGAACGGCAUCCCCGUAGGCGCGCGAGGUCCUGCGGGCGCCGCCGCCGCCGCCGCCCCGCCGGCCAAGGGUGCCAAGUCGAAGUCGAAGCUGCAGCUCAAGCUGGGCCGCCUGCGGCCACAUUCCUCGGUUGACCAGUGCGAGACGGCGUCCCGGGUCCGGGAGGACCUCCACAUCCAUGUCUCGAAUCCGGUGUUCACGCGCGACAACCUGCGCCAGCGCAACUUCGAUGCGUUCUUCGAGUCCGGCGAGCAGGUCUACUCGCUGGAGGUCCGCGAGAAGCCCCCGGCCCGGACACCCCUCGAUGGGACGCUUCCGGGCUCGAGCGGCUCCGAUCCGGGGCUGGCGGCCGGCGAUGGCGGACCGGCCGGGCUCGAGCAGCCCCGGCCCAGCUCGCUAGGCUUCUUCCGGAAGCCCAAGUCACCGAUUAGCAUACGUUCCAAGAGCGCCGAGCACGAGUUCGCCGAAGAGUCCCAGAAAGAGUCUUCGAAAAGCCACCGACAUAACCUAUUUAGCAAACGCGGAACCACUCCGAGCGCCGGACCGGCGUUCCUGGCGCAUGCCGGAGGAAGCAUGUCCACCUCCAGUGGCGGAGUGCUGAAGGAUUUAGGUCAUCCCGGCCUAAGCGAGGCGCUCAAGUCGCACAACAGUGUGACGUUUAAGUUAGUCAAAACAGUUUCGGAUUUCAGCGAGACCCUAGCCCAGCUGUACGAGCAGCAUGCCGAGGCACUGCAAGUGUUGGUUUCGAGCUACCGCAAGCGGAACGGCGAGCUGCGGAAGGAGCGGCCCGCCUGUCAGUCGAACCUGUUUGCGGCCUGGGAAUCGCUGCUGCAGGAAAUAGAGGCAGACUCGCAGGCAACAAUCGACGUGGCCAGCACGCUCUCCCGACAGGUCGCUCGCCCGCUGCUGGAACGCUCAUUUUACCGGAAGGUCCAAAGUAGGAAAGUAUUUACACACCGGGAGUCGUUCGAUACAAUCAUUUCCAAGACUGAAGAGAAACUAUCCAAGUGCCGAAUCGAAUACAAACAGUGCUACAUCGCCCAUCGCCAGAACCCGACGCAGCACACGCUGACGCAGUACAUCGACUCGCACAAUGCGUACGUGCAGCAGCUCCACGCGACCAACGCCAUGCUCGAGGCGUACCACUGCGAGACGCUGCCCCAGCUGAUGCAGGAGCUGGAGGAGAUAUACAACGAUCUGUGCAAUAUCGUCUCGGAAGCUGUCCUGCAGGGCGCCGAAGCCAUCGCCGCCAAAGCAGCCGAGCAGGCGAAACGGUACGAUGGGCUGGCGGCGCAGUGCAAGAAUGUCUCGCCGACGCUCGAUCUCGGAUACUUCGUUCGCACCCUUCCGGUUCCGCCGAACGUGCAACGUAUCCCGAGAAAGGCAUUCGCCCCGCCGCAACCACCGAACGCGGGCACCCGCGGCGAGGACCCGGGCGACCCGAUGGCACCCGCUUUUAAGGACGAGCUCGUCAUGGACAGGGGUGCAUCCAUUCAGGUGCGCCCAUCGCUGGACGCACUGCGAAGGGAGUCACAGGAAUUGGAAAUUCAAAUCAAACAACUACAGGAUUCUGUAGACGCUUUAGUUCGUACACAGCUCAGAGGCAUCGACGGCCAACAGUACAGUAAAGCGAACGAGAUGCAGGAGGAAAUCUCGAUGAAAAAAUUCGACGUACGAGCCAAGCAAAUCCAUCUCGCUGCGGUCCGCGCUCAGAAAGAGUUGUUUUUGGGUAGAAUAGAUCCCGGUUCACCUCGCGGUGAACGGAAAAUGUCUUCUUCUAGCUCUUCCUCAAUGAAGACUAAGUGGCUAAAAGCGUUCCGUAGCCUGAAACCGGCAGGUUCGGCGAACGAUAGGUAAGUGGAACCUACCAAAUCCAAUCAAAUGUACCACGCAGUGUCAACGGUUUUGACUAUGAGGAAGAGCGGUAACGGUGGCCAAAACCGCUUCGACGGCACCGAUAAUCACAAUCUGCAGGAGUACACCUACAAGAAGAUCACACCGUGCGAUGUUUGCUCGCAAGUUCUUAGAGGACACACCCGGCAGGGUCUGCGGUGCCGGAUAUGCAAGGUGAACGUGCACGCCGACUGCGCCUCGCAGCUCCCGAAAUGUAUGGUGAAGCAGAAGAUGCUGCGCCGCCAGAAGAGCACCUCGGAGAUCGAGAACCGCGCCGCGCCGGAAGUUGAGGACGAAAAGCCAACCGAUGUCGAUCAAAUUUAUCAGGUCCUUAAGCAGGCGGGCGAAAUUUCCAGCGGCAAGGGCGCCACCGCCAUCGCCGCCGCCGCCGACUCGCUGCUGUCGUCGAAAGGCGCGGCCGGCGCUACCGGGACGACCGCUUCCGGACCGCACCCGACCGUUGCGAUCCCACUGCUCGAUAUUCCCGUAGUGAAAGUGCCUGAGUACCCGGAUCGUGCGCCAUCGUGGCGGGGACCAGUCAAAUCUCAGGGGCCAAAUUAUCCACAACAGAAACAGGGACUGAGUGCACCCGCGGCGACGGACAUGUCCAGCUCAGCACCGCAUUCACCUCGACGCCAAAAGCUGAACCUUAGAAUGAAAUCACUCAGCUUGGACUCACCAGAAUCGUCCGAAUUGCAUGGGCAAAUACGGCGGCGCCACCCAGGACCGGCGCCCGGUCACGCCGGUGGCCAUGGAGGUUCUGGUGGUCACUUAGAACACAGCACGCCGCCAUCUAACAAUAGUAGAUUACACUCUCCCUCUAGCCCCUCGGGAACCCAGCGGAAAUUCCUGUACGCUACACGUGGCAUGAAGACCGGAUCCGUCGAUUUGCCAGAUGAAAUCGAAAAGAGUCUCUCCUCGGCCAGCACCUCGCCCUGUCCAUCGCCAGUUCGACAGAACCAGAAAUCGCAUCGUCUUCUGCCGACAAACCUUUACGUGGUGCUCUACAACUUCAAGUCACGUCACCAGGAUGAGCUGGACCUUAAGGCGGGCUACAAGGUCACCGUUAUUGAUACAUCCGAUCCGGACUGGUGGAAGGGCAAGUGCCUUGGAAAGGUCGGGUAUUUUCCCUCCAAGUACUGUGCCAAGCUGGCGGCGUCGGAAAAACCGCUGCAGGUCACGCACAACCUGCAGGUGACGGACAACGAGCGAGGCGACGGCACACUAACGCUGCUGCGUGACCAAAUCGUCAUACAGGUUGGCGAAGAGCUGAACGGAAUGGUCAUGGUACGUUCGGCCGACAACCGACAGGGUGUGUGUCCGGUCAAGUAUCUGCAGGAAGUCUGA